AUGACCCCCAACCAAACACCAACUCCCAACCCCAAACGCCGCCGUCUAAACACCACCAUAUCAUCACCCUCAUCCACGCUCACCAAACCAUUCAAGUCGCCUCUCCGCAGACCAAGCCCAGCCACAGAUACCACCACCACGAACACACCUUCUUCUUCUUCUUCUAAAGACACACAACCACAACUGCCAUCCCUCUCAUCACCAUCAACCCCCAAACUCUCCCCUAAAGAUCCCCCAAAAGGUACCCCCAAAAAGGAAGACCCCACCCUCCAAUCCCUCCAAACCACGCACCGACACCUCCAAUCGCAACUCCUCUCUCUCCGCACAGAACUAGAAACACUCACGCAAGCUUCUCGCAUCGAGAAAUCUCACCGAGAUGAAGAACUAAAGAAAUUGAUCGUGAAGUGGAGGGGCGUGGGGCAGAGAGUUGCCGAGGAGGUGUUUGAGGGGGCGAGAGAGAGGGUUGGUCGGAUGGGGGGUGUGAGGGGCUGGAGGGAGAGGGAGAUGGAGAGGAGCAGGAGUGGUGGGUGGUGGGAUGAUAAUGAGGGAAAGAAUGGGGGUGGGGAGGGGGAUAAAGGCGAUGAGGAGAAGGAGGUAGAGGCAGAGGAAGAGGAAGAGGAAUUCACGAUAGGAAUGAUGUUGAAGACGAUGGGGAUUGAUUUUAAGGUUAUUGGGUAUGAUGGGGAGGGGCAGAGAUGGGUGUGA